CCGUUAUCUUUGAUCGGUAUCCACCGGUCCCCCCUUCCACUCGUCCACUUUCAUUGCACAGACCGAUCCGGGAUCCCGCUCGCCUCUAGAGCUUCCUCUGUGCAUAUACACCACCAAUCAGUUCAUCAUGAGUACGCAGAGCAACGUGUUUUCGGCGCUGCAGCCGGAGAAGCGUAAGAAAAAGACGGCUGAGGCGCCGCAGAACAAGAUGUUCGCUAGUUUCGUAAACAACCCGUCGACGUCCGCUUGGGGAGACGACAGCGACGACGAGAUGCACGCGCCAGCCGCUCCCGUCGCUGAGGAGGCCGUCGAGGAAGAGGAAUAUGAGGAGGACAGCGAAAGCGAGAGCGAGGAGGAGGAGGAGGAAGAGGACGAAGAGCCCCAGAAGCCUGCCGCUGCAGCCGCCCCCAAGAAGGAGGCAGCACCUGCCCGUACGCUCUCCAAAAAGGAGAAGAAGGAGCUGGAGAUGAAGGAAUUCGAGGCUGCACUGGCCGAUCUUGGCAUCAAGACGGAGGAUGCCUCCAAGCCUAAGAAGGAAGACAAGAAAGAGGAGGCUAAGGCCGAAGCGCCAUCGGCCGCUGGCUCGUCGGACAAGAAGAAGAAGAAAAAGAAGGGCAAAAAGCCUGCCAAGGCCGAGUCUGAGGCUUCAACCACCGAAGUGGUGGACAUUAAGGCUGUCAUGAAGGCCAAGGGAAAGAAGAAGAAAGCAGCCGAGCCUGCUGCGGUGCGAAUCGCCCGUGAGGAGAAGGCCAAGGCCAAAUCUAAGGGCAAGAAGGACAAGAGCAGCUUCAACGAGUUCUCCAUCUAGGUAGACGGAGAUCGCAGCGUCAUGACGGUUGGUUGUGGCCGUGGAUGCAACAGGGUGGAGGUAGGAAGUCGCUCGUCACAGCAGCCUCCGUUGCUCACUCUCGAGCAGCAAACGCAGCCAAAGCCAGCGAGUCUCGGACUCGCCCAGCCAGCCGCUCAGACGCACUGCACUCCCAGGUGCAAGCCGCGGGUUCAUUAUCGAAGAGCGGCGAUAGACACCUAGCAGCAUUAAACAGAAAAAUAUAAAAGAAAAACAUAACUGGGUUUUUAUAAUCUACAUGUAUUCGGUAUAAAUCGGUAUCAAAGAGUACUGCAGUUUAUCCAGAGUCGAGUCACUGUGCCUUCUUGCAUACAUUUUCUGU